AUGGUUUUAGAAGGAGUGGAGGACAUGGGCUGGGAAGAGGGAUGAAAUCUGGUUGAUGAGUUGAAGCAAUAUUGUUCGGUGAGAAAAGAAUAGUGUCCAAGUACACCGUACACGGGGUGGCCGGAACGUGAAGAGUUGAGGAAAAAGGAAAAGCUAAGAAGAAGAUUAAUUCGACGACAGGAUGGUCUUUCGGAGUUGGACCUCCCUAAUUGGCCUCCUGUCUCUCAUCCUCCUCCCCCUCUCCUCCGCCAUCCGCCUCGGCCUCGUCCGCCGUCCCUCGCCCUCCCUCCCCCUCUUCCGCGAGGCCCCGGCCUUCCGCAACGGCCACGAAUGUGCCUCUGACAUAAUCAACGUCGCCAUGACCCUCGACGCCAACUACCUCCGUGGCACCAUGGCCGCCGUCCUCUCCAUGCUCCAACACUCCACCUGCCCUGAGAACCUCUCCUUCCACUUCCUCUCCGCCCACGCCGACGCGCCGCAGCUCUUCUCCAGCAUCAACUCCACCUUCCCCUACCUCAACAUGAAGAUCUACCGCUUCGACUCCAACCGCGUCCGCGGCAAGAUCUCCAAGUCCAUUCGCCAGGCCCUCGACCAGCCCUUGAACUAUGCCAGAAUCUACCUCGCCGACACCAUCCCCGACCACGUCAAACGCGUCAUAUACCUCGACUCCGACCUCGUCGUCGUCGACGACAUCGCCAAGCUCUGGGGCGUCCACAUGGAAGGGAAAGUCGUCGCUGCUCCAGAAUAUUGUCAUGCCAAUUUCACUCUUUAUUUCACCGAUAAUUUCUGGUCUGACCCCUCUCUGGCCAAGACGUUCAAAGGAAGGAAGCCUUGUUAUUUCAACACGGGGGUGAUGGUCAUGGACGUGGACACGUGGCGGAAGGAGAGGUACACCGAGAAGGUUGAGGUGUGGAUGGCGGUGCAGAAGCAGCACAAGAGGAUAUACCAUUUGGGCUCUCUUCCUCCAUUUUUGUUGGUUCUAGCCGGGAAUAUUAAAGCUGUUGAUCAUAGAUGGAACCAGCAUGGUUUGGGUGGGGAUAACUUUGAAGGAAAAUGUAGGAGUCUGCACCCUGGUCCCAUUAGUUUGUUGCAUUGGAGUGGCAAGGGUAAACCAUGGUUGAGGUUAGAUUCUAGGAAGCCAUGCAUCGUUGAUCAUUUAUGGGCUCCUUACGAUCUAUAUCGCUCCUCUAGACAUUUUUUUGAAGAGUAGAAACCAGGGAGAUCCAGAGGACUCGUGCUGCCAGCCGGAGAUCAUAUUUUUUCAUUUUUCUAACUCAAACUUUCGCUCUUAUUGUCAUAAAAAAUUUAAAAAAAGACACUCAAAUUUGGCUGACCAGAAAGGAAGUAACACCUCCAACGUUGUGUUGCUUUUUCUAGGCAACUGGGGGAGUUGUGUACUUUCAUUUUUUCCUUUCUUUGGUUCAGUGUUCCUUAAUCUUCUUUCUUUUUUGUUGCUUCAUAGUGAUCCUAGACGCGUCACAAUAUGCAAAUUGUGCUGAUUAGCUUAACUCUAGCUGAUCAGAAAAUUGUGUAUUGGCCAUGGUUGGGUUAGUUAAUGCUAACGACUCCAACUUUUUGCAGAACUGUACCCAAAUUUUGGUGUAUGAUUCACUGUAAAUAUAUAUUACGACGACAUUUCACUUUUUUUUA